AGAAGGAAAAAAACAAGUGAGUAUUUGCAGGGAUAUUCUUCUCACAGGAUGUGUAUCGAGCAGAGAGAGAGAGAGAGAGAGAGAGAGAGAGUCCUGAGCUUGAGCCAGACUGAGGAGAGCAGCAUGAGAGAGAACAGCACUGGAGAAGCACACUACUGAGCAUCAUGGGUCCGUGUCUGUGGAUACUGGUGCUCGUGGUCCAGCCGGUCCUGGCCUUCAGACGUCCAGCUCAAGCCUCGGCCUGUCGACAGAUCCAGGAGGACCUCGACUGCAGCAAUCUGAACCUUAGACGGAUCCCGAAGCAAAUCCCGGACACCAUCCACCGGCUCGAUCUGUCCCGAAACCUCCUCCAGAACCUCACGGACCGAGACCUGCCGUCCUCCUCCACCAUCCGACAUCUCAACCUUCACGGAAACAAGAUCCAGUUCAUCCAGCCGGGACUCUUCCAAGACAUGAGCCUUCUGGAGGAGCUGGAUCUGUCGGAAAACUCCCUGGAUCUUUACGCGUCUCUGAAAACACACGUCGGGACGCUCACAUCCGUGCGCCGACUGGAUCUAUCCGGAAACGGGUUGUUCACGGAUAUGAGCGACUUCUUCCUAAAUGACGCCCCGGUUCUCACCAACCUCUCUUUGGAUGGGAACAGCAUCACUAAGAUAGGCCGAUCCACAUUCAACGGAUCUCAAGCUUUAAAAAACAUCGACUUAAACAACAACGUAAUCAUAGAGAUCGAAGAAGGCGCAUUCGAGUUCUUGACGGGACUCUCCAAUCUCGAUUUGUCCAUGAACUCCAUCUCAUGCAUUACAGAUUUCAACCUCGUUCAGCUCAAAACGCUGAACCUGAGCAAAAACAGCUUGACUAACUUCCAGGCCGACGACUCGGAUCAGGAGUUUGAGCUUCAGUAUCUGGACUUGAGAGAAAACAAAAUCCUCUACUUCCCCGUCCUUCCCCAAAGGAACAAGCUCAUAUACCUGGACUUGUCUAGAAAUCUCCUGAGGAGUGUAAAUUGCUCCGGUCCAUUAGAAGAGCUGGAGAACCUGAAGGAUAGUGGAUAUCUAAUGACGGAUCCUGAUAAACCUCUUUCAUUGUGCGUCAAUAAGAGGCACCAGGAUUUUCCCAGCUUGCUUUACUUGGACUUGAGCUUCAACCAGCUCAAAGCGGUCCCGCCCUCGUUCUUCACCAGUAUGACUGCGCUGGAAACCCUGAACAUCAGCAAUAACUGCUUAGAAAGCUUCAUUGUGGACGACGGUCUGAACUCUUUGGAGACACUAGACAUCAGCUCCAACAAUCUCCAGAACCUUUCCUUCGGACUGAACGCGCUGGCCGCGCUACACGAGCUCCGCCUCGGGGGAAACGCUCUCCAAACGUUAGACGCCGGGGUUUUCCUCAGGCUUCCCAGCAUCCGAAGCCUUCAUCUUCAGCAGAACCAGCUCAGCAUCUGUUCUCCGUUGGAAAAUCCGAGUUUCGGCUGCGUCCAACUCUCCUCAAUCCCGACUCUCAGGUAUCUGUACCUCUCGGAAAACGGGUUGUUCUCGGUUCCACCGGGAUCGUUCCAGGGAAGCCCCUUGCUAAUCCUGGAUUUAUCCCAGAAUCCCGGCGUUGACGUUAUCCCGGCGUCGUUCUCCGGUCUGGAGGCGUCUCUUUCCCAUCUCUCUCUAAAGGGAAACCAACUUCAAUCCCUAACAAUUGACUUCACUCUUUUCCCGAAUCUAAAAUCCUUGGAUUUGUCGGUGAACCGGCUCACGGGAGUCUCCCUAUGGAGCGGGGAUUCCUCCCUCGAGUCGUUAAACCUGCAAAACAACAGUUUAGUAACGCUUCAUGAAGUAACGCUGCAAGAAACGCUCCGAACUUUAUACGUGGGAUCGAACCCGUUGAGCUGUUGCAUGAACCCGCACCUCCUCACGCUCCUCCGGCAGGAGAGACUCACGGUGCCGGAUCUCUCCGGAGCGACGUGCUGGUAUUCCCGAGACUCGGAGAGCGUGGAGAUCAGCGUGAGCGCCGUGCAGCCGGAGCACUGCGAGUCUGCCGACGGGAAAGUGCUGUGGAUUAGCGUGAUCGUGGUGCUUGUGCUGGGAAUGGCGCUGGUGUUGGCCGUCACGUUAAAGCUCUGUCACUCAAAGAGGCAUAGAUUCAAGAGAGGCUUCAAAGCUUGAAUCUAAAGGCGAAAGAGGGAAAAGAAACCAGAGCGUUCUCACCUGACUAGAGCCGAAUGCAUGACACCAGGUUUCAGUAUGUGAUGCGUGGGCGAUCUGGAACCAAUUCAAUGUGAAAUGCACCACCAUAAAUGCACAAACCAUUCACUGUAAAAAGGGAUUAGUUGACUUAACUUAAA